AUGGAACGUGAGCGGAAGCUGGCGGAGCGAGAGGUGCGCGAGGUCGUGGCGGACGCGGAGUCGCCGCUUGCACAGCGACACGUGCGGGAAUCCUUGAAGAAGAACAAAUUCGCUGUUGUCCUCUACGCCGUGGCCCUCUUCACACCCGCCUUCUUGCUCAUGUUCUUCUACACCGCCAAGGCACGCGAGAUCCGCGCCAACUUCAGAGACCCCUACGCCCUCCCCGAGGGGUUUGACCCAAAGACGGGUGAGUUCUCGAGGAAGGGGGCACAACCGAAGAGCGUGCAGGCGUUGCCCGUAUCCAGCUCACUCUUUGUGGGCGAUGAGCCGGGCAGCUACGGAGGGCGUGCGCGUAAGCGCAGCAUCACCUGA